AAAGUAAUGUCCUGUUUGUAUCCCAGCCUCCAGCCCAACACUUGUGCAUCUCUGCUAGCCGAGCCGCACGAGUUAACGGACGUCUUUUUGAACUUUAAUUCCAAAACGCACGAGACAAGUUGUCACCAACCGCUAAAACGGUCAUCACGUUUUACGACACACGAGCGCCGCAGUUGCUAUGGUUUUAUCAAGUUGUGUGAAGUUACGGCUUAGCUUCCAGUUAGCAUAGCUCGCUAGCAACUGAAAAGCAAACUACGGAGCUUGUUUUAUUUAUUUAUUUUACCAGAAAAUGCUGCUAAUCGGACACCAAACGGUCACCAUUACUAUUCCAGUCACGCGGGUCACUUUAACACUUAGUUUUUAACUGAUUGAGUCUUCGCAAAGCUAAGUGGACCAUGCUCACUGCCAGCAGUGUCGAAUCCAGCGCUGCAACACAGAGUAUGUGGCUUCUACCUCACCCUCUAGUGGUCUGCAGGAGGACAUGUCUCUGGAUGUGGACUACUGCAUCGCCUUGAGGGCCUAUGCUCUGUGCACCCGGCGGCAGGCAAGGAGCUGCAGGGGUGACCUGGUCUACCACUCGGCCGUCUUCCGCAUUAAGGAGUUAUUCUCUCAGCAUAACUGCUCCAGCGAUGGGCCCACCUCCUCCGCCAAGGUCCCCAGUACAUCUCGUCCAGUCGUGUCGGAGCUGUGCGACUACGAGAAUCGGGUCCUGAUGUCGGGCUCGGCCGGUCAGCAGAAGAAAUAUGCCCACUGUGGAUUAUUCGGAGACCCGCACCUACGGACUUUCCGCGACGAGUUUCAGACCUGCAAGGUGGAAGGGGCGUGGCCUCUGAUUGACAACCGCUUCCUGUCGGUGCAGGUGACCAACGUGCCUGUUGUCCUCGGCUCCAGCGCCACAGCAACCAGCAAGAUCACUGUGAUCUUCAAGUUCUUCCAGGGCUGCACAGAUCAGAAGGUGUACCAGGCCACCACGGACGAUCUGCCGUUGGCCUUUCAGGACGGGACUCGCAGUGGCGGCGAGAGCGGCAGUCUGACCGUCGUAGAGCGCGGCGGCUCCGGAGUGGUCCGGCAGGUGAAGAUACAGGCCCGUUACAUCGGCACUUCCAUCAUCGUCCGACGUGUGGGCAGCUACCUGACCUUUGCCAUCCGCAUGCCAGAGGACACCCUGGACUUUUCGGAGGGCAAUGGCGGUCUGCAGCUCUGCCUGCACGGCUGCCCACGCAACGAGCUCAUCAAGGAACACACGCUGGGCCGUCAGAGCCUGCAGCCCCGCCUGCAGGGCACCAACACAGAGCUGGGUUCUCUGCGGCCUCCUCACCAGGUCUACACCGUAGAGCGGGCAACGGCCAAGUGUAGAGAGACUCUGCAGGUGGAGGACGUGUACUUUCAGUCCUGUGUGUUUGACUUGCUGACCACAGGAGACCCUGAGUUCUCUAUGGCAGCCUACGGCGCUCUGGAGGAUUUAAAGGCGCUGCCGCCGAGUAAACUGAGGCAGAAUCCCCCGAGGACUCCUCGUCUUUACAACCGAGGGGCGUCGCACACAGGCGGCUGCAGUAGGUAACGGCUCCCUGCUCUCACUCCUACUCCUCAUUCUGCUGCUUUUGUAAAAAAAAAAAGAGAGAAACAUGGAGACGAACACAACGUGGAAGCAGUACCAGCUUGAGGAACGAGUGACUAAAGCUCAGACAUAUACAUUUGUAUUCUUUCAUUUUUUUUGUGGGCGGGGGGCGGGGCAAUUUGUGAAUUUUGUGAUCUUUUUCUGUUUUUAUCAUUUGAAGGAUUUCACACUCAUAAAAGAUGGUGUUUCGUCACAUUGUCUGUGGAUUCACACACGAGUCACAUCAGCUGAAGAGCAGACAGACAGACAUGAACUAGUGUGAUUUGGGGUCCAGUACGACAAGUUGUUUCCAUAUGCAACCAUCUUUAAAAACUCAUAAUUGUGUGCCGAUGUCACAGCUGCUCAACAGCAUUGAGUUUGCGUGUAAAUAGAAAAGUCAUCAUAGUGCACAACCUUCAAACACUCCACGUAUGAAGCUGCACAUGUAACUCCACCCUGUGUGUAAACAGUUUCUCUGCAGAGCUUCCUGUAUAAUCCAGUCAUAUCAGCAGCACUUACGGUUUUAACUUUUGUUUUUAUUCAAAUGUUGUUGUUUUUUUUGGUCCAUUUCAAGCGUUAUUUCAGAAAAUUGGCAUUUUAAAUACACAGGAUCCAACAACUGUAUGUAAAAACUACCUAUCCAUAAUAUAUGAUGUCUGUUUGAUAUUCAACAGUUCUUCUGUGAAACACUCCGCUCCCUCUUCAAGCUGUUGGACUUCCAGUUUAAAAAAACAAACAAAAAGGUUAAAAAAAACAAAACACAAAUCUUUAAAUAAUAAUAUAUUAAAAGAGUGUAUAUAUGUGUUUUAUAUUGUGUACAUUUGCCUGUGUAUAGAUGUUUUAACUGUAAUAUGUUUUACAUGUGUUGUGUUUUUAGUAGGUUGUUUUGAGACUUUGUAAGAAAAGUAAACUAAUGUGUUUGUAAUUUUCUGUAUUAAAGUGUUGGACACUCCGAA